GUAAAUGUCAAAAAGGGCACAUGUGUCUUCUUUUGCCGCCUUUUUAACGUUCUUUUUCUUUUUGGCUUGUCUUCCGUGGUAGACGCAUCAAUUAACGCCAUUAAGAUGUGAAAUUAUUUAAUUCCCUCAUUAACUUGGUUCGACAGCAUACUACAAUCGGUUAAUUAAAAAUGGACAUUUCGAAAACGAGGUUUUAUGUGGGUACGGCUAGGGGCGUGUUACUUGGGACUGGGGAUAAGCCUACGGACAUAAAGGCUCAUAAAAAUGAGGAGACUACAGCAGUUAGUGCUCUCUCUGAUGGAAGGAAUCCUUCUGAACUAAUUUUGGGGUAUGAGAGUGGUUUUGCACAUAUCUUUGACAUAGAAAAGGAGACUUUUACCAAAAAAAUUGAUAACCUGGAGGGGGAUGAGGGUGUAGUAGGCUUAAGCUGCUUAAAAAAUAAAUUGCUUGUAAUAGGCAAAAAGGAUGGGGUCAUAAAUAUAUGGAGCAAGAAAAAAAAUGACUACUUUUCCCUGGAUUUGGAUGAGUCAGGAUCACUAUUAGCAUUGUCGGCUAACAAGAAUAAGGAAAAUAUUAUUGGCACUGGUGGAGAGCAUAAUGAUCUAAAACUGUGGAACAUUGAAAGCAAACAAUGCAUUUUUAAGGCCAAAUCUUUGGGUCAUGAUCAUUUACAACUCCCAAUUCCCACUUCAGUUAGAGGAAUCGCAUUUUUUAACCACGAACCCAGUCUGGUAGCUUGCUGCACAAAAGAAGGUCACGUGUUACUUUACGACGAAAGGGCCCAAAGGAAACCCACCAUAAAAUUCCACGAAGAAAAAGCGAGUUAUUCAAGCAUUUCCAGUACGUUUAAAGACACUCAAGUUUUUGUUGGCACAACAAAAGGUUAUUUGCAAUGGCUGGAUCUAAGGCAAUCCGCAAAGGUUUUAAAGACUUACACGACAUUUACGGGGGCUGUGACCGAUGUGGUGUGCGAUCCUUUGGAGCCUUUUGUGGCCAGUGUGAGUCUCGAUAGGCAUCUGAGGGUGCAUAAUUGUGAAACCAAGGAGCUAAAAAGCAAGAUUUAUAUGAAGCAGAAUCUGACAAAACUCUUGGUGAAACCGAUAGUGAAGGAUGAAGAACCAAAACAAGCGGAAGCACAAGUUUUGGAUCAAGAAUAUGAAGAUUUGUUCAAUAAUAUGGAGGAGGUACAUGACGGUCAUAAAAAAACUAAGCGGAAAAGUGAUGGUGUCGGGCAGAAAAUUAAAAAGAAGAGAGUGAAGAAUGCUUAGUUUAAGUUAAGUGUUUUUAUGUUUCGGUUUGGUAAUUUUACGAUAAUAUAUACUUAAAUGCCCUAAUAA